AUGUUGGUUGAUCUUUUAAUAUUCUUUUUUUCAUUGAUAUUUAUUUCAAAUGCAUCAAUUAACUGUCCAGAUAAUGAAACGUAUAAUAUGGAAAGUGAUGGUUAUCGAUAUCUUCACAAAAAAGAUCCAUUAAUUUCUGUUUUAUAUCGAGAAUGGUGGUUCUUUGCAUUAUAUGAUCCAAAAAUUGAUAUUGGCUUUUGUGUUGGUUAUAGUGUUGCAGAUCCAGCGAAAACAUUUCAUUUACAAAUGGCUGGUAUUGCUGGAAUGUUAUGGACAUCAACAAAAAACAAUUCGAAAAACAAUUUAAUAAAUAUUUUAGAUUCUUAUGAAUAUUCACAAUUCUCUGCUUAUAAAGAAAAUGCAACUGUAUCGAUUGGAAAUUCCAAUUUCCUUAAAGUUUUAAAUCCAACAACAUAUGAAUUAAGAGGAAAAUCUUUAGAUAAUCAAAUCAAUUGGAAUUUAUCUUUUCAACAAAUGUCUUAUCCAUGUCAACAAGGAUUAGAUAUACCUGAAUUACUUGAACUCGAUUGGAUAUCUUAUAUGCCAAGUGCUUUUGUAUUUGGAACAAUUCAAUAUGAAAAUAGAACUUAUUCAAUUAAUACAACUGCUUAUCAUGAUCAUAAUUAUGGAGCUUGGCCAACGAAUCUUUUUAAUUGGAUUUGGGCACAAUUUCAUCGUGUUGACAAACAAUUUUCAUUAGUUUUAGGUAGUUAUCAUAUUCCACUAACUGAAGAUAUUUAUAUUGGAUAUAUUUUUAUUCGUUGGAGAAAUUUACGAAUUAAAAUUGGAACUCUUUGUGAAGAUCAAUUUCAUUUGAAACCAUUAGAAUGGCAAAUUGUUGAUGGAAGAAAAUAUUCAAUUCACAAUCAAAUUGAAGCUUUUAAUCAACAAUAUAAAAUCGAUAUUGAUUACAAAGCAAAAGUUAGUGAUAAUAAUCCAGGCGGAAGAGGUUUGGGUUUAAAAGUUUUUGAACAAAUUUCUUUUUAUCAAGUUAUUCUUUAUGAAAAACAAAAUCAAACAUGGGUAGUUUUAGAAGAAGAUCUUAAUGGUUUUGGUUUUAGUGAAUGGAGUCAUGCGGAUAUUUAA